AUGCCUAAAAAGUUGACACGCCAACCCACGCUCCCUAUCUCAUCCACACAGCCUCCCGCCUCCCUUACAGAAGGCCCGCUGCCCAAACUCAUAGUCUUCGACCUCGACUACACCCUCUGGCCAUUCUGGGUCGACACGCACGUCACACCACCCCUCAAACCAAACAGCACACAUUCUGCCGCGACAGAUCGGUACGGCGAGGACUAUGCAUUUUACGAGGACGUGCCCAGCAUCCUGCAGGCUCUGCCCACCCUGGGAGAGGGUGUGAAAAUCGGCGUGGCGUCGAGGACGUCAGCGCCCAGCCUGGCGAGGGACCUUCUCAAGCUAUUGCAUCUGCCUCCCAGCACCGACGGCGAGAAGGUGAAAAAAGCAGGCGAUGUGUUUGAUGCGGGUAUGGAGAUUUACCCCAGCUGCAAGAUCCGUCAUUUCGAAGCGUUGCACAGAAGGACGGGUUUAAAGUACGAGGACAUGCUGUUCUUCGACGAUGAAGCACGGAAUAGAGACACGGAAACUCUAGGAGUCACCAUGUAUCUGGUCAGGGAUGGUGUCACGUGGACAGAGGUUGAGAAGGGCGUGGCCGAAUGGCGCCGGAGACGAGGUUAUAAAGCACAAUAG